CUCUUCACAUUAUCAUUAUUCAUUAACGAAUGGACAACGUUUAUUGAAAGUAGCACAGCCACUACCACCGGCACCACCACCACAAAUUAUAACGGAUGAAUUUAGUCCAUUAGUUACGGCACGUUGUGAUCGUGGCGUAAUGUACAUACAGAUUGUAUCACAACAACCAUUCUAUGGUGUAGCACAUACACGUGAUUAUCGUAAAUCACCAUGUAUGGUUAUUGGUGAUGGUUCAUUCAAUACAACAUUGAAAAUUAGUUUAUUGGCACAAACAGAUGAUGAACUUUAUUGUGGUGUUCAACGUUUUAAGGGUGAACGAUCAGUUGGAUUAGCUGUACGUAUGCAUAAAUCAUUGGAAUUAUCGGAAGAUCGUUUUUUCUAUCUUACCUGUCAAAAUGGUUAUCAAAAUAUUCGUGGUGGCACAUAUCGUGUGAAUCUAAAACUAAUCGAUGCCAAUACCGAACAAAGAGCUGUACGAUUAAUACAUGGCCAACCAUAUAAACUUCGUGCUGAACUUUCACCAAAAGAUAGUGUAACAACAUUACGUAUGAAAAAUUGUUUUGUAUUCACUAAAUCAAAUGAUAAUGUUGAACUUAUUGAUCGAUCUGGAUGUCCAGCCAUUACGAAUUUAAUUACACCAUUCUAUUAUAAUGAUUCAGCCAUUGGUGAAGCAUACAUUGCAGAAAUGUUUAAAUUUCCACAAGAUUCAAAAGUACAUUUUCAAUGUGAUGCAUUAUUAUGUAGAGAAAAUUGUGUUGAACCUGAUUGUGAACAUACUGGAUCCACUAACGAUGAUCGUGAAUAUGAAUUGGAUGCUUAUUCACAGGUGUCUGCAUCUACAUCGGUUUUCAUACGUGAACCAACCGAUUCUGAUGCUCUAAUGGACGCAAAUCAAUCCGAUUUAGAAUGUACUGAAUGGCGUUUUCCAUGGCUUAUUACACUAUGUAUUUGUUUGGCAAUCAUGUUAUUGGUCAUGUUAUUAUUGAAUCUAUUCAUGUGUUCAUCGUUAACAUGUCGUUGCAUUAAAACCGAUGUAAAUGAAAAAGAACCCACAGAUUUUGAUGAUUAUGAUCCAUAUCGUGCCGAUUGGACAGCACCAAAUUCAUUGCAAGGUUCCCGAUAUUCAUUACAACAUGCGCGACAACAAUAUCCAAGUGAUGAAACAUUACGUUCGGAUAAUACUUCGAAUCCAGAUUAUCAUCAUCAUGAUAAUAAAGGAUUUAUACCAACAACAGCCAAUAAUCAACCACAGCAGCCAAAAAGAUCCAAAAGAAAUGUUCAACAACAACAAUCAAUUAGCAGUAUAUCAGAAUCGGAUAAUGAAUCAAUUGAUCGUAAUCGAUAUCCACAUCAUCAUCAUCAUCAUCAUCAUCCGGAUUUCACUACACAACAAGGUUCAUUACGUCCAAUACGAACACAUGAAAUUGAUUAUAGUUUCGAUGAUGAUCAUCAUGGAUAUCCAAAUAGUAAUAUAACAAAUGUUAAACGAUAUUAAAAAUUGAAAUUAUUCUUUAUAAUAUAUCCUAUUAUGUCAUCUACUUUCUAUUAUUAUUAUUAUCCAAAAUUCUUUCAAUUAACCCAUUCUGGUCGCAUUUUAUUCUAUGUUUUUUUUCCAUUGAUCAAUCAA